CCCUGCGGGAUGCUGAUCCCGGGGCACGUCCGCGGAUCCCGCGGGCAGCCGCUGUCCGGAGGAAGUUCCCUUUCCCUUUAAAUGCAAAUCCCGGGCGGUGCGGACGGUGUCCGGCGGGCGGGGGGCGUCCGGCGGGCUCGGGGUGUCCCUCGCUCUCGGGGUGUCCCUCUGGUCCCGGAGGCCGGAGCGGGCCUGGCUCAGGGAAGGAGCUUCCCCGCGCCGCGUCCGCCGCACGCCCGGUGCCGGUGCCGGUGUCGCAGCCCCCGCCCGGCCAUGGAGGAGCGCAGGAAGAAGCGGAGCCCGCAGAGCUGCCUGGCCCAGCCCGCCGGGGCCCCGCGGCCGCUGCCCCCCAGCAAGAGCGCGUCCUUCGCGCUGCCGCUGCCCUCGCCCCGGCAGCGGCCGCGGCCCCGCCGGGCCAGCAAGGAGCGGGCGCGGGCGGGCGCGGGGGGCGGCCGGGGGGCUCCGCUGCAGCACAGCUUCCUCACGGAUGUGUCCGACGUGUGCGAGAUGGAGCGCGGGCUGCUCAGCCUCCUCAGCGACUUCCACUCGGGAAAGCUGCAGGCGUUCGGGAAGGCGUGCUCCUUCGAGCAGCUGGAGCACGUGCGGGAGCUGCAGGAGAAGCUGGCGCGGCUGCACUUCGGCCUGGACGGCUGCGUGGAGGAGCUCCCCGAGGAGCAGAAGAAGGCGGCGGCCGACAGAAACCUGGACCAGCUGCUGGCACACGCCUGGGGCACGCCGGGGUCCCCUCCGCGCCCUCAGCCUCUGCCUUUGCUCCCACAGCUGGAAGAGCUCAGCAGCUCCAUACAGAAGCUGCACCUGGCCGAGAGCUCGGACCCCGAGGACGCGGCGCCAUGACCCCGACCCCGACCCUGUCCCCUUCCCCGUCCCCGCCAUCCCCAGGACUCCCGGGCGGCCCCGGCCGGGCGCCCCCCGCCAUGGCGGCAGCGGUCGCGGCCCGAUGACGUCAGCAGGCGGCGCCGUGGUCA